AUGGCAAUGUCUCUGCAACUGCAAGUUUUAUUGCUUCGUCUUGAAACCAUUAACAACAAGUUUUAUGAAACUGAGUUUUAUGAUGCAAGUUUUAUGAAACUGAGUCAAGGGCAUUUUAUCACGUUUGCUGUUAAAGAUGGCAAUGUCUCUGCAACUGCAAGUAUGCUAUCUGCAACUGCAAGCUCGGCUCGUCAAAAGCUCGAUCCAGCUUGCAGACUCCACCAAGGGUCAGCGUUGAGUCCUUUUCUUUUUGCGAUUGUUCUAGAUGAGUUGUCAAAGUCGAUUCAGGAAUCAAUUCCAUGGUGCUUGCUUUUUGCAGACGAUAUUGUGCUAAUAGAAGAAAGUAAACAGAGCUUGAAUGAGAGGUUAGAAGAAUGGCGUGUAGCCUUAGAAGGCAAAGGUUUGAGGAUAAGUCGCUCUAAGACUGAGUACCUUUACUGUGAUUUUAGUGGAGCAGGCGAUGAGCAUGACACUCAGAUCACCAUUGAGGGUCAGGUGGUCCCACCGGCAACUAAGUUCAAGUAUUUAGGAUCGUUUGUUCAGAGUAAUGGAGAGACAGACAGUGACGUAGCUCACCGUAUCCAGGUUGGAUGGUGUAGGUGGAGAGCAGCCACAGGGGUAUUGUGCGACAAGAGGUUCCCUGAUAAAUUAAAAGGGAAAUUUUAUAGGGUGGCAAUUAGACCCUCUAUGUUAUACGGAACAGAUUGUUGGGCCAUCAAGAAAAUCCAUGCACGAAAGCUAGAGGUGGCAGAGAUGAGGAUGCUAAGAUGGAUGUGUGGGCAUACUAGGUUGGACAAGAUAAGAAAUGAGGUUUUUAGGGUAAGAUUAGGAGUUGCUUGUAUUUCAGACAAAAUAAAGGAGGGAAGAUUGAGAUGGUUUGGGCAUGUCAGGAGAAGGCAGAUGACAGACCCGAUUAGAAUAGUUGAAACACUCACUAUAGAUGGAAGGAGGUGUAGAGGUAGGCCAAAAAUGACUUGGAAUGAGCGGAUUAGGCAAGAUUUGCUAGAUUUGCACCUCUUCGAUGACAUGGUCGAGAAUAGAACUUCGUGGAGACGUAGGAUUAAGGUUAAGGACUUUUAG